AUGUUCCUUCCAUAUCUGAGUUUGAUCCUAGCCUGCGGUUUUGCAGCAGCACAGUAUAAUCGAGUGCACACUACAGCCGAACGAAUGAGACUUCUGGGACCUCUGGCGUUUCCUGAAUCUCGAUUAACAUUCAAUUGUCCAGCUUUAACGCCAUCACCAACAACUCCAACAUCAGUUCAUGCACUACGACCAGCUGAUAUUAAACAUGUCGCAUCAAUGGGCGAUAGUUUAACGGCUGCUAACGGUGCCAAAGCACAUUCUAUUGUUGCUGUCAUUGUCGAAUACCGUGGUGUUUCAUGGAGUAUCGGUGGUGAUGAUGACUUGAAAUCAGUCGUUACUUUACCAAAUAUUUUACGACAAUUUAACAGUAAAUUAGAUGGUUAUUCACGAGGUACUGGUGAUCGAAACAAUUCUAAAGCUGGUUUCAAUGUUGCCAAAGCAGGUGCCAUCUCUUCUGACAUGCCAACUCAAGCAAAUCUUCUUGUUGAUCGAAUGAUUCGAGCAUUAGGUGCUGCUAAAUUUGCUGCUGAUUGGAAAUUAGUGACAUUCUUCAUUGGCGGCAACGAUCUCUGCGGUUAUUGCAAAGAUCAUGAUCGAUUUAGUGCAGCUACAUAUACAAACAAUAUUAAACGAGCAUUGGAUAUUCUGAAAGCUCGAAUGCCUCGUACAUUGGUCAAUUUUGUUACCGUUCUCAAUGUUGCUGAACUGGAAGAUUUACACGAAGGUAUUCGAUGCCAAUCCUUACAAAAUUUUAUGUGCGAUUGUGCUGUGAAUAAAAAGACACGCGAAGAAGUUCGUGUCGCAAACUUGGAAUAUCAAAAAGCAACAUCUGAAUUAAUUGACUCCGGUAUUUAUGAUACAUCCGAUGAUUUUACUAUCGUUCGACAACCAUUCAUGGAACAUAUGAAAGUGCCAUUGACGGGCGAUGGUUUAUCGGAUUUCUCAUACUUUGCUCCUGAUUGUUUUCAUUUCAGUCAAAAAGGUCACGAAGCCGCUGCUAUUGAACUCUGGAAUAAUAUGAUGCAAAAAGUUGGCGAAAAGACAUCAUUAUGGAAUCUGUUGGACACUCUCAGUUGCCCCGCAGCAGGUAACGGCUAUAUCUAUACAGCAAAGAAUAGUGCUUGA